CUUCUGGACGCGCCGUGAGAGAGGAAGGGAGCCACAAUCAGAUCAACAAAUCCUCGACAGUCGUAUCAACACAUCUCGAAGGCGAGCGGCGAGCGGCGAGCGUGGGAGAGAGCGAUAAGAUCUCUACAAAUUGGCCGCGACAUGAAAUCUCGUACGCGUUCAUGAUCUGUUCUCCCAUUGCCAGGAAAUGGCGUCCGUCACUUCACUAGGCCUGCACAAGCCCACCGGGCUUCAGUAUGCAAUCCAGGAACAUCUUGUGCCUCCAGACCCUUCCAGCACGUCCUAUGAAUGGCACAAUCAUUUCGGCGGUGACUCGUCCUCCUCCUUCGAAGAUGACGAACUUCUGGUGACCUCACGAUGUGUGAUAUGGAGUAGAGGAGGCGUGUUUAGAAAGGCUUUCAACUUCGACUUGGAGAAGGAAGAUGUUACACAGGCCCUCUUGACAACAUUCCCCAGUCUUGGACCACUUGCUGCGAAGGAAAAUAAGGCACGGCAGAAGAAAGGAAAUACAGCUAGGAGAGAGACGGCACUUACAGUCUUUCUCAAGACCCAGGCGCAUGUCUACUUCCUGUCCGGCACUAGCCAUGUUAUACAUCUGCCAUUCGAGGUUGAAUCUGCGACUGCUGCCCCCAAUGGCCUCAUAAUACAACGGAAACUGCGGGUGGACAAUGUGGUUGCAGCAUCACUCAAGUUCCCUCGUGUUCCUCCCAAUUCCUUCAUCUCCUCCCAGCCGCAGCCAUGGUCCGCAGCAAGUUCGCAGCAGUCCACCUUCUCGAUUGCAGACCUUGGUGGACCGAAGCAGAUGCCGAUACCACAUUCAACAUUGAAGGAUAUGUGGGAUCUACCAGCAGUCAAGAGUGAUUCGAAUUGGCCACGCCUCUUUUCUCUGUCGGAUCCACUCGCAGAGAUUGGUCUUGUGGUUGCUCAGCCCGUCAGAGCUUCUCGGCAUACAAGCAGAAGGAGUUCAGGGAAGCCAGCUGCUUUGGACACCGCAGAAGAAAUUCUCCAUGUGACGCGUAGAGACGAGUUCUCUCCCAAAAACAGCGAACACCCUCUUGUCCUUGCAUUGACUCUGAACAGAGAAACGAGUAUGUAUAGUGUCUGGAAGUUCACAUAUGUUGGAGACGACCCGGCUCCUGCCAGUGGAGAAAAGCGCCGCGUUGCUAGCGGCACGAUGUCACGCAGAAGAAGCUCUUUCGUACCAGGAACCGCUACUGGUGCUACGACUCCGGUAGGAACUGGCCAGCAUACUUUCAGAGAAAGUCUCAGUGGGGCCCAGCAAGGCUUGGGACUUCUAAAGAGCAGCAUACAUGAGGAAGCUAGAGAUAAAGUUGUUGAUUUCGCUUCCUCACUUGACCCAGACUAUGAAAGCACCUCCAUACCACGGAGGAAGUCCAGACGUGUGAGUUCUAUGCUCGCGAGAGCAGACCUCUCUGCCACCCAUGAACGCUCUGCAUUCUCCGACUUGACCAGUGGUCAUGCGCAUACAGCGAGUCGCCGCGGAGACUCCUUGGGUAGCCAGCAUGCCCGGAUAAGCAUUGGGCCAUAUUCUGGAGCACCUGGCGGAAGCUUUUCUCAAGCUCCGCAGUUUAAUCAUAGCCUGAACGGUUACCUUGAGGCUCCUGUAGAUGAUCUCUUGGAUGAGUUGCGAGCAGGCGGUGACUUCGAGGGCUUCCACAACAUGGGUCUCGAUGAUGACGAAUUUGAUGCUCUCAGACAGGAGGUCGUGCUCUCCAAAGUUUGCAGUGUCCCAGCAGAGCAUAGCAAUGUUCGGUACUCGAGUCAUCAUAUGCCAGCUGCAACACAAUGCAAGAUUUUUACUCUUACUGCGCCGCCCUCAGCAGCCGAUGACAAGAACGGAAACACUAUAAUCAUCUGUGUUCUUGACCCUGACGAGAAGCGCCUUCUCGUCAUGACUCUCCAUUGGAAGACACAUAAAGCUGACGUUGACCUCUUCAAUAACCCUAACGCAGGUGUUAAAUCUGAGCGAGAUGUUACAGUUGUCUCACUGGCUUCUUCGAACUGGGCCAAGGGUGUCAUAGAUGCCUGCAGACUUGAUGAUGGGCGAGUUUCUCGUAUCCUAGCCCUGACCCAAUCACAAGAUGGCUAUGGAGAGCUAAGUCUACAGGCUCCGUGGAGUACGUUGAUGAAAGUUACACUUCCUGCACAGUUUGCGAUAAGCAAUGUUUGUAAUCUGAGCCAUGAUCCAACUCCGGGUGCGAAACGAGAGGGUGGCUUCAAACGCGUUUUGAGUCGAGGACCGCGUGCUCUCUGUGGCCUCCGGAAUCCCAAAGCGGGAGGAAUUGUCGACUUGGUCGAUGAUGAGGGGAGAAUGCACCAACUUCAACUCACACUAGAACCACGAAACCCGCACGUUUGUAAAAUUCUAGAGGUUUGCAGAGCUGUUCUUCCAGUAGGGAAUAGUGGAGAGGGCAUUCUUGUGUGUUGGUGGAAUGUUAUGCAGUGGAUUCGACUUGAGUCUAUCCGCACAGUGGACGAAGAAUGGACCGCUCUUAUUAUCACCCUCUUUUCAAUGGUUCUCAGUCUGGAUAACACCUCCGAGUCGACGCAAACACAACAAAAAAAGCAAGUCCGAAAGGGACACCUGCGUUCGAGCAGUGGGGUCCAGCCGGAUCUGGACAGUUGGGACCUGAUGCAGGCGGAUGAAGCAUCUCUCGGGAAUCCGUUGCCCUCUUGGGUAAGCAAUACAGGCUGGAAAUGGCUGACAGAGGAUGAUGGAAUGAUAUCUCAGAUCUCUGAGUCGCAGACAUCUAUCUUCGCUCCCACCAAUAGCAAUUCUCUGCCAUUUAUUCGCAGGCAUGUUGAGCUUGCUCGAAAUUUCGCAACCACAAAAUUUGGGCACGAUUCUAUGUUUGGAUCGUUGCCUACAUCCGGGAACAGAAGCAUUGAUUCUAGAAAAUCUGCGCUCGCUGACGUUUUCAUCGCCCUUCAUCUCCUACACGAAGAGCAAAAGCUGGAUACGAUGAUGGCAGACUCAUUCAGUACUGGUCUUCCGAGCUUGGCCCCAAUCAUUGCUCAGAUCGGUAGGUGGCUUGGAUGGGACAGUUGGAUACAACAUUAUGAAGUUGACGAUGCUUCAUUGCUCAGCGUUGAAUAUAAUUCUGAAUCACCGAUCGAUUCGUCGAUCUCUGAACCCUUUGAGUGCCCCUCGAUCUACGACUGGAUUCAAGGGUGUUUGCGCACCCGCAGUUUAACGCCGUUCAUGACACUUCCAGAGUUAGUGGCAUCUCAUUCGACUUCUGGUGCAGUUGCUCCUACUGGAGACCAAUGGUCCCAGUUGACACCGAGGACUUUACUUUUUGAGCGGUUCUUCUCUGUCAUUCGUCAUGAUUGGUCGCCGCAACAAAUAGUUGAAGCUCUUUCAUCUGCUGGUGCUGAUCAGCUUUUUCUUGACACACUUCCCGAAGCAGUUCUUGCGCCUCUUCAAGAAGCCAUAGUCAAGAGCCAGGCAGGCCCUCCAGCUACGUGGAGUAAGGAAUUGCUCAGUCUCGUUGGGCGAGAAGAUAUUGGCAUGUUACUUACACCAGGACAACGACCACGCCAAGUGCAAUCAACUCUACUGGCACCAACCCACGAAGCGAAUCUUGACAUUCACGCCGUGUGUAUAUCCAUCGCUGAACCUGAGUCCACUGGCUCUUUUGAUGGCUCAGUUGAAGUAGAUCGUCAAGCGAUCACUCGAUCCAUCUUCAAAGACGACCGAAGAAUGAAUGAGGCCAUUGCGAUUCUCAGUACGUCGAGGACCACGGUGGCACGCUGCAAAGCCGAACCUCAGUGGAGCGAAUCCGAGCUACUGGAAGCCCAAAAGGAGCAUGCGCAAAUGCUGGCCUAUCGCACUCUAGCUAUUCCAUCUGGAAGUGGACUUUUAUACUAUAGUGCGCGAAUACCGCUUCUCACUCAGAAGUGGUCUAUCAAAGGCUUCAACCUUAACUUCAUAAUGAAGCCGGACAAUAACACUGUCGCGGCAGACAAAUCGGCAUUCUCCGAAGAGAAGAUCGGCUGGGCAUUCUUUCACUCAGGAGUUGCUUCAGGUCUCAGCAUAUCCCGUGAUGCCAAAGGCAUCGACACUUCUUGGAUUCUCUACAACAAGCCGACCCCGGAUCUCAGUAACAGGCAUGCAGGGUUUUUACUUGCGCUUGGACUGAACGGCCACCUAAAGUCUGUGGCUAAAUGGGUUGCCUUCAAAUACUUAACACCAAAGCACACCAUGACUUCCAUUGGACUAUUGCUUGGCUUAGCUGCAUCAUAUAUUGGCACCAUGGACUCUCUUGUGACAAGAUUACUGUCUGUCCAUGUGACCCGGAUGCUACCCCCGGGCGCCGCAGAGUUAAAUCUCUCGCCUCUUACUCAGACGACUGGGAUCAUGGGAAUUGGCCUGUUGUACUGCAACACGCAGCAUCGCCGUAUGAGCGAAAUUAUGGUUUCAGAGAUUGAACACAUUGAUUCGGAUGAAGAGGAUGAGCCGCUUAGGAAUGAAGGGUAUCGACUGGCUGCUGGAUUUGCACUCGGAUUCAUCAAUCUUGGGAAAGGUUCCGACUUGAAAGGUCUGCAUGAUAUGCGGCUGACCGAAAGACUGCUGGCCCUGGCUGCUGGCAGUAAAAAGGUGGAUCUCGUUCAUGUCUAUGACAAGGCAACAGCGGGUGCCGUUGUUGCCAUAGCAUUGAUUUUCAUGAAGUCUGAAAACAGUGUCCUUGCUCGAAAGAUCGAUGUUCCUGAUUCUUUGCUCCAGUUCGACUACAUUCGCCCGGACAUUUUCCUUCUACGGACCCUUGCCAGGCACCUGAUAAUGUGGAGUAAGAUUGAACCCUCUUUCGACUGGGUUCAAAAAAAUCUUCCAGAGCCGUAUCGGAAGAGAAGCACGCUCCAGGAUGUCACCAACUUGACGAGUGAAGAUCUUCCAUUCUAUGAUAUCCUCACAGGAAUCUGCUUCAGUAUCGCCUUACGGUUUGCUGGGUCUGCCUCUACUGUCGUUCGUGACCUGCUGAUCCAUUAUUUGGACCAACUUAUGCGGAUAUGCAGACUGGAUGCCAACACGUUCGACAAGAAACUAACGAGAAAUACUGCCCGGAAUUGUCAAGAUCUUUUGGCGCUCGCUGUUGCAACCGUCAUGGCUGGGACAGGCGACCUUGUCGUAUUUCGACGCUUGAGGUCCAUGCACGGCCGUGAUGAUAACGAGACUCCAUAUGGCAGCCACCUCGCUGCUCAUCUUGCGGUUGGAGCUCUGUUUCUAGGUGGAGGCACAUUCACAUUCGGCACGUCGAAUUUAGCUAUAGCAGCUCUGCUAGUGGCAUUCUAUCCAAUUUUCCCAUCUUCGAUACAAGACAACAAAUCCCACCUGCAGGCGUUCCGUCACUUCUGGGUUCUGGCAGCAGAGCCGCGGUGUCUUGUCGCUAGGGACAUUGACACGAACCAACUGGUGCCUCUUCCAAUCUUCAUCACAUUGCGAAACGGCGAGGAGACACAGCGCCAUACCCCUUGUCUUCUGCCUGAACUGGAUCAAAUCAAGACUGUUCGAACAAACAGCACUGAGUAUUGGAACCUUGUUCUCGAUCUGGAGAGUAACGAAAAGCACAUCGCAGCAUUCAAGUCGACCCAAACCAUAUACGUCCGGCGUUGUCCAGCACACGAGGCUGGCACUUCUCCAUUCCAGGCGACACUGCAAGCUUUGAACGAUGCAGAUGUUACGACCUCCCAAUCUCUCGAGUGGCUUUUCGAAUUACCUGCAUUUGCAUCCCUUACCAAAGCCGAGCGCGCCCUGGUCCUUCCAUCGGAUCAUGGAGGUGCUGGUGAUGUGCACGCUGGGACUGACGAGACUGUGGUUGACGCGAGACUAGUUCUCGAGAAUGUUUCGUUAAAUAGUGGGAAGAGAGACAGGUUGCUAGGCUUGAGGCUGUUGUUUGACUUCGCAGAUCAGGCUGCGAGUGAUGGGAAGGAUAUGCUGUGGAUCCGUCGGGAGGUGGUGGACAGACUGAAAGCGAGGGUAUGGCAAAUGGCGACGGAAGAAUAGAGGUGGCGUUAGCAUAUUUCUCUUACGACCUUGGGUUUGUAUGCAUCUUUAGCGGGGACAUGGAAAAGCAUUUUGGGACCAGAUAGAUGUUGGGGCAGAUGGGUAGAAUCAUGAGAACUAAUGAGAAC